AAUAAUAUGUUUAUUUAAACAAUUGUUAUCUUUUUGCUAAAGUAUCAGUACCUAAAAGCGGUACUACUGUGUUAUUUUACGUUUUGGUAUGUGAAAUCUCUUAUCUCUUGUACGUAUAUGCCAUAAGCUAGAGUGUUUUCUUUGAGAAAGCAUAUUGUGAUUUUGAAGUGUUAACUAAGUAAAAUGGACGCUCCAAAGACAUCUGACAUCAUUAUUAUAGCGGGUAAUUCACAUCCUGAAUUAACCAAUUUAAUUGCUAGACGUUUGGGAGUAUCUAUGGGCCAAUGUGCUAUAUAUCACAGGAGUAAUAGAGAGACUAUGUUUCAGAUAGGGGACUCAGUUAGAGGAAAGGAUAUUUUUAUUAUUCAAACAGGGACAAAGGAUGUUAACAAUAACAUUAUGGAAAUGCUCAUAAUGGCUUAUGCCCUUAAAACUUCAUCAGCCAAAUCCAUUGUCGGAGUCAUUCCAUAUCUUCCCUACAGCAAACAGUGUAAAAUGCGUAAGCGUGGUAGCGUUGUUUGCAAACUAGUGGCUCAAAUGAUGGUGAAAUCUGGUAUGACACACAUCAUCACCAUGGACUUGCACCAAAAAGAGAUUCAGGGCUUCUUUGACUGCCCAGUCGAUAAUUUGAGAGCCAGUCCAUUUUUGUUGCAGUAUAUUCAAGAAAGUAUUCCAGAUUAUCGUAAUGCUGUAAUCGUUGCCAGAAAUCCAGGAUCUGCAAAGAAAGCCACUUCAUAUGCUGAACGUCUCCGUUUGGGAAUUGCUGUUAUACAUGGUGAACAGAAAGAAGCUGAAUCUGAUGAGGUUGAUGGACGGUACUCGCCUCCUACAGUACCCAGAUCUCGAACAAUGGACGCAGGUGUAGGAGUACCAAUACAUAUUGCCAAAGAAAAACCGCCAAUAAACGUUGUUGGGGAUGUGGGAGGAAGAAUUGCGAUCAUGGUGGAUGAUCUUAUCGAUGACGUACAGUCGUUUGUUGCUGCAGCUGAAGUAUUGAAAGAGCGCGGGGCGUACAAAAUUUAUGUCUUAGCCACACACGGUUUGUUAUCUUCCGAUGCUCCAAGAUUAAUUGAAGAUUCACCAAUUGAUGAGGUAGUUGUAACCAACACAAUACCGCACGAGCUACAAAAGAUGCAGUGUCACAAAAUCAAAACCGUCGACAUAUCUAUUCUGCUAUCAGAGGCUAUACGCCGAAUCCACAAUAAGGAAUCUAUGUCUCACCUAUUCAAAAACGUCACUUUGGAGGACUAGGAAACUCUUCGUUCUUCUAUAGCUUAUAAAGUAUCAUACAUAUGGGAAGUUAGAUUGUUAGAUAAGCUUCAAUGAAAUUUAAUCCCUAAAAAUAUGUCAGAUUUUCCUUUGGUUUGUUACCUUGACGUUUGUUUACUUAUAGAAAUAAGGGCUUAAAGUAUAUAUAAAUUAAUUUUUAUUAAAUCUGUCUGUAUAUCCAUCGUCCAACGUUACGUCAUCAUUGUUUAUCUAAUAACCGUUGAUUUAGGGUGAGUCUGAGAUCAGUUCACAGUGGUUCAGAAAAUUACAAGUACGUUCUGAAAUUAAAUAAUAUAAAGGGCGCGUUCCACGUUUGUUAAUACAUCAACUAGUUAUAUUUGGUUUGUAUUCAUUUUGGUGAUGUUUGAAUUUAUAAUUUUAGGAACAUUUUAGAAAAAACGAACGGAUUUUAAUUUUGUUUGACGCCAUAGUUGAUUUUUAAUUGAUUUUGACACGGCUCAGUAUCAAUCAUAACCUCAAAAGUGACAUAAAAGUUACCAAUGUGUAGUAACUUUUGAAAUAACGUAAUAUGACGUAGCAUUGAACAAUUGUUGUACAAACUAUACCCGGAAAAUAUCACAUUUGUUCUUGAAUUAAUUAUACUUCAUAAGACGUUCAAGGUCACACGCCAUACUAAAAUCUGAAAAUUAACCUAUAUUUAAGCUUUAAAAUAGUAUAAGUGCAACAUUUUCAAUAUCUAAGGAAACUACACACAUCCGUGUACUUACAUGAAGGUACUGAACCGUUAUCUUGCAAAAUUCCCUGAGUUUAAAUUAAAACGCUGUUACAGUAGGCGUAAGACAUUGCUGUUGUAAUAAAUUCUUACAGUUCUCGUCGCCUUUUUAUUGUAGUUUGGAGUAUUGGCAUAAAAAUCUAGACCAUUACAUUGUGUUGUAAAAUUCUAAUAAUUUUCUUAGAUCUUGAAAGCUCUAUACGUAUAGCAUUUAGUUAAAUUACAUUGAAGCAAUUCAUUAGUAAAAAAUUAACUGAUUUGGGUAAUUUUACAUUGUAUAUCGCAAAUAAACUUAAAUUGUGUUG